CAGGUGCCCGGCCUCUGGACAGAGAUGGGGUGUGCCCUAUCGGGCCCGAGCGUUAGCCCAGAUUUGGCUGUCUCUGAGGAGAAAAGGACCCCCUCGCAGGAUGGUGGACUCGAUUUUAAAACAGAUCUGGAACAUGGGGGUGAUGAAGAGCCGAAGCAGCCCUUCCUGCUUUCCGAGGCUCAGAAGGAGCUGAUCCAGGCAUCCUGGGAAAUCCUGCACAAAGACAUUGCCAGAGUGGGAGUGAUUGUCUUUAUCAGGCUCUUUGAGACCCACCCGGAGUGCAAGGAUGUCUUCUUCCUUUUCCGUGACAUUGAUGAUUUCCAGCAAUUGAAGAUGAGCAAAGAGCUGCAGGCACAUGGUCUCAGGGUGAUGUCGUUCAUUGAGAAGAGUGUGGCGAGGCUAAACCAAGAAGACAAGUUGCAGCAACUGGCCUUCGAGCUGGGCAGGAGUCACUGUCGCUAUCAAGCUCCUCCCAAGUACUAUGAGUACAUUGGGACUCAGUUUAUCCAAGCCGUCCAGCCCAUUCUGAAAGAAGACUGGACCCCAGAGGCAGAGAAGGCCUGGGAGAACCUGUUCAAAUAUCUGACAGCCAUGAUGAGAAGAGGCUUUUACACAGAAGAAACAACGAGAGCCAGCCUGUCUCUUCACGCAAGGAAACCUGCAGUUGAAUCCACCCCGAACAGAAUCUAGGGAUGGCGAUCUACUCUCCGAGUAGCCUAUUGUUGCAGUUCCUCCUGGGCCUCUUGCUUCUUUCCCCUGAGCAUCUUCCAAAGAACUGUGUGCUGUAAAUUCGUCUUUGUUGCCAACUGGGAUUGGCAUUAGACUGUAGGGUGAGGAAUUCCAAGAUGUGGGUUUCUUACUGUGGUGCGAUCCAAGCCCCUUCAUAAGAUCUUUAUAAGAUUCUUUUAGGUGAGCAUCUGUGUUGUGGAAGGGGUGGCAUGGAGCCGGGUGCUGUCUGCGAAGGCACGUGAAUGCUUUCUGGCCAGUUUUGUGUUUUAACUGCAGGCCUCGCUUGAGCAGUUGGCUGGGUGGGUCCUGCAUUGCAGAGGCCUCCUGGCAGUGACUGCAGUCCUUCCAGCAGAUUGACUAAAGCACCAGCGCCUCCUGCUGCUGGCUUAACACGUGAAUACACAAUGCACUUCCAUGCUGUACAAUGAACUCCAGUGGAUUUUGAUGGACUCAGCAAAGACUGGGCUGGUGGUGCCAGUGGGUGUUAGAGAUGCUGCCACGGCCCUGGAACCCAAGAGAAGAGGGAGGCAAAACGUCUUCUUUUCUACUAGCAGUAGCAGGAUCCUGUCGCUCAGAACAGGAAUUCUCCCAUCUGAGUAUGAUGCUGAGCUACCCAGGACUGUGUGGGCAUCUCUGGCAGACUGAACAUGGAAAACUGGCCCCUGUGGUUGGCAGGCGCUUAAACCCUUUGCUCAGGCCAGGCAUAAAUACAAAGAUACAACAGGCCACUUGCUGCCUAUCUUGGGCAUUUUUAUUCCACCUUUGCUCCAAGGAGCUCAGAGUUCCUCAUACUUUUCCUCAUAGCAACCACACAA